UGGAAUUCAACCUCUUACCUGUUCAUCCAUGCAGCCAGUGGUGUGCUCUGUCACGUUAUUGCUUUUCCAUUCAAUUACUGUUUGACAGGAGAGACAUGCAUGUGCUCUGAGUGCAAAAAAUAGCAAGAGGAACUUCUGUCUCCUGAGCUAAUUAAGGUCACAAUCUUUCAAUGCUUUAAUUUGAUUGGCUGUGAAAGAGUUUACGAACCAGGUCAGGGACUGCUGAGUGUGUCAUGGUUCAGCAUAGAGGGUUACAGAGCCACACUUGAUGUACAGCUAAAGACAGGGAAGGAGACAGAGAACAAACUGAAUCUCUUUAAAAGAAAAGACUGUAUCAUAGAGUUUUCUUGCGAUGUCGCUGAACUUGAAUGCACUGGCUACAGUGGUCCUCAGCAUGCCGACUUCCAACCAGGGCUGGCCUGAGGAUUUUGGCUUCCACCUUGGUGGGGCUGGACCUAGCUACAUCUUGUCAGUGGAGGAAGGCAGCAGUGCCCACCUGGCAGGGUUGCAGGCGGGGGAUCAGGUCCUGGAGAUCGAAGGCCACAAUGUGUCAACGCUAGGUCCUCAAGCUGUCAUCGCCAUCGCCCAAACUCAGAAGAACAUCCCUCCCAGCAUUGGAGUGGUGUCCCGCAUACAGCAGAUGGACAUCACGCCAGGUCCAGAUGGUCGUUUUGGGUUUACCAUUGUGGGAGACUGCCCCCUACUGGUGGAGGACUGCUCUCCUUGUUCUCCAGCUGGCCGUGCAGGCCUGAGGGCUGGGGAUUAUGUCAUGGAAGUGAACGGUAUCCCAGUCAGGCAGCACGAGAUGGCUGCGGCACUAAUCAAGGCAUCCCAGGGGAGGACACUCCGCCUGGGAGUGCUGUGCCUUGGGUCAAGGCACAAACGGAGCAUCAGCAUAGAGGACAGUCAGAUGGGUGGAGAGGGGGCGAGACUGGACCGCAAACACAAGGCUCUGGAGUUCAACAGGAAGGUCGACCAGAUUUUAGGUGAUGAUCCCGAAGUGAAAGAGAGACUCUUUGCUGUGCUGAAGCAGUACGCCGCAGAGAAGAAAGUUGAGUGGUUAGCUUCUGUCCUGCCGGACAUACUCACCACUGACGAACAUCGACAGCUCAUCUCCAGCAUCAGAAUCUUCAUUCCCAAGAAGCACCGGCAGCGCUUCGACGACACCGUCUCCCAGAACGUGAUCAACCGACUCUGCCGCAGCAAGAGCAUCAGCGAGCCGCAUGGCAGAAUCCGUCGCAGUCGGAGCGAGGAUCACUCCGACCGCCACCGCGGGUCCAAACGGGCCAGCUCAGUGCCAAGGGAUGGAGGAGAACCCGGAGGGAGGGGAGAAGCGGAGCGAGACAGGGGCUUAAGGAAGUCCGUCUCAGGGAUACCCGUGCAUCCCCCCAUUGGACCCAAUCAGAGGAUCGUCCGUGUCUACAGGGGGAAGAAGAACUUUGGCUUCACGCUGCGGGGUCACGCUCCCGUCUGCAUCGACUCCGUCAUCCCAGAUAGUCCUGCCGAGGAAUGUGGACUGAAACCAGGCGACCGUAUCCUCUUUCUCAACGGACUGGACAUGAGGAACUGCUCCCAUGAGAAGGUGGUGUCUAUGCUGCAGGGCAGCGGGGCAGUGCCCACUCUCGUGGUGGAGGAGGGUCCAUCUGACUUUUCUUCAGACCAAACAGAUGCAGAUGAAUCCUCUAGUCUGGCCCCCACCACAUUGCCACGCUCUAGGUCUCCUGGUCUCAGUUCUCUGCAGUGGGUUGCAGAGAUUCUUCCACCGAGCAUCAAAGUCCACGGGCGGACUUUCAGCCAGCAGCUGGAGCACCUGCUGACCAUCCAGGAGAGAUACAGUGUCUGCAAAGCUUUAGAGACGUUCUUCCAGCACAGGAACGUGGACACCCUGAUCGUGGACGUGUUUCCAGUGUUGGACACUCCAGCCAAGCAGCUGAUCUGGAAGUUCAUCUACCAGCUGCUGACCUACGACGAACAGGAGCGCUGCCAGGGCAAGCUGUCUCGUUUCCUUGGCUACAAGAGCAACGCAUUAUUAGAGCCUGACAACGGUCCUGAGCACCACCGGCGCAGCAGCUCCAUGCGGGUGACGGGGUCGUCGUACCGCAACAACGUCCGAGAGAGGAGCUCCGAUGACUGCAUCAUCGGGACUCACCUAGGAAUGGGAAUUCAUAUCGAUGAAUCCGGGAGCCCGGAGGAGAGGCAGUCAGGAGAUGGAACCUCCUUCCCCGAGUCCCCUGACCUCAAUCAUAUGACAGGUGUGUAUACGGAGCUGGAGAACGUGUACGCAGGAAAGAAUGUGCCUCCACUGCAGUGCGGCUCCUCACCAGAGCCCGAGAGCCCUCUCUCUCCCCUCACACUCCCCACCCUCACAGGUAAUCGUAAAUCUGGCCUGUCCCUGUCUUGGAAGGAGCCUCUUCCCACUCCCGUGUAUGAAAUCCACCAUCAAAGCAGCAUAGACUCCAACCCUUAUGUCAGUCUGGAGAGCCCCCCGGCCUCCCCUCAUCACUCAGACAGCGGCCACAACGUGCUGACCCACCGCAAAAAACUGUUCACCUUCUCCCGGCCGCCACGCAGCCGAGACACAGACAAGUUCCUGGACUCCCUGAGCGAGCAGCUGGGCCACCGGGUCACUCUGGUGGAUGACUUCGUGCCCGGGGAGAAUGACUACGAGGAGAUAUAUCAAGGUGGUUGUCAUGGUUUCAGAAGAAGAGUUGUGCCUAUGAGCUUCCAGGAGGACCAGGAAAUCGGCUUCAUGCCCCGGCAGCUCAGCAGCGGCAGCAGUGAGGAUCACAGCAGCAGCGACGAGGCCUCCUCUCCCUGCUACUCCUCUGGAUCCGAACCGAUCCCACCACCUCCCACCCAAAGCCCCCCGCCUCCUCCACCCUUGCAGGCUCUCAUACCCCCUCCCAUUCCGUUUACCGACCCUCUCCCACCAGUGCGCUUCUCGCCCGAGCACGUGCCCCGCAGCCGGAUGCCCUUCCAACCGCACCACCCCAUCAUCCCUCCUCCUCCACCCCCUCCGAGGACCAUCCUGUCCAGCCGCUCUCCCCUACACAAAAAGCACCCGAGCAGAGACGAAAAUGAGAAGACUCUCCAGCGCUUCCAACCCACCACCCGCCUCGGCCACACAACCCUGACCUCCACCAAAACCUUGCGCUCCCGCCCCACCUACCUCCCACGACAGUUCAGCCAGCCUCAGCCUAUCCGCCAGCCCUCCCCGCAGCCCUCCCCGCAGCUGCUGAGGCCGAGCCAGCUCGUCCUGCAGAGGCACCACCAGCUCCACCACCAACACAGCUACCAGGGCCCGCUGCCGCCGUCCCUCCAGGAGCACAGCCCAUCCCAAUGUCAGAGCCAGGGCCACGCAGGCUCCUCGCUGCUCUCGCAGCCUCCAACCUCUCACUCCACCCUCCCCAGUCACAUGAAGACCUUGGAAACCACAAGGCAGGAACACCACACAUCCAAACAGGCUCCACCACCACCUCCUCCACCAUUGCCUCCUCCUUGUGACCCACCUCCGCUGCCCAAGCCGGGCCAGCAAGCCUCAGACGCUAACCACAUGAGUGUAAAGAGGCUCCGCUGGGAGCAGGUGGAGAACUCUGAGGGAACAAUAUGGGGUCAGCUCGGGGAGGAUUCGGAGUAUGACAAGCUCACCGACAUGGUGAAGCACUUAGACCUGGACCUGCACUUUGGGACUCAACGCAGAUCCAUCUCUCCUCCAGAGCCAGCCUUCCAGCCAGAGAACUUAAAAAAGAAAGACGUGGUGGAGAUUCUGUCUCAUAAGAAAGCCUACAAUGCCUCCAUCCUCAUCGCCCAUCUGAAAAUCUCCCCCGAAGAGCUGCGUCAGGUGUUGAUGAACAUGACCACCGACAGGCUGGAGCCGGCCCACAUCAAGCAGCUGCUGCUGUAUGCCCCAGACGAAGAAGAGGUGAAACAGUACGAACAGUUUGAUCAGGACCCGGGCAAGCUGAGCGAGCCGGACCAGUUCAUUUUCCAGAUGCUAAUGGUGCCUGAUUAUAAGACUCGCCUGCGGAGCCUCUACUUUAAAACGACCCUACAGGAGAGGACGGAGGAGAUGAAGAUCGCGUACGAUUACAUCUACAAGGCUUCAGUGGAGCUCAGGAGCAGCAAGAAACUAGCCAAGAUCCUGGAGUUUGUUCUUGCAAUGGGAAAUUACCUGAACAACGGGCAGCCGAAGAGCAACAGGACAACCAGUUUUAAGAUUAACUUUCUAACUGAGCUAAGCACAACCAAAACAGUUGAUGGGAAAUCCACCUUUCUCCACAUUUUGGCCAAGUCUUUGUGCCAACACUUCCCAGAGCUGCUCAGCUUUCCCAGAGACCUCACAACAGUGCCUCUGGCAGCUAAAGUGAACCAGAGGGCCAUUACAACAGAGCUGAGUGACCUUCACUCCACCGUGCAGGACAUCAGGGCGGCCUGUCAGAAGAUCCAGUCUACCCCUGACGAUCACUUCACUUCAGUCAUGAGUACUUUCCUGGAGAACAGCCACCCUGCGAUCCAGUCUCUGGAAUCUUUGCAGACCAGAGCCAUGGAGGAGUUCUCCAAGGUGGCCUCCUACUUUGGAGAGGACAGCAAGUCCUCCAGCACAGAGACCUUCUUUGGCAUUUUUUCAGAGUUCGUAUCCAAGUUUGAGAGAGCUCUCAGUGAGAUCCAGACUCCGGAAAACCCCAGAAGCCCCAGACUGUCUUCCCCUUUGGCCUGGUAGAAGCAAGAAAUGCGGGCAGAUGUCGGGCCAAACCGAAAAGGCCGGCUGGCUCAGUUUUCACUCUGCUCUCCAUAACCAAAGUGCCAAGAUCACACGCAGACACUCAAACCAACGGGAACAGAGACCACAUCAUCUAUAGCAAACACAAUGGAAAUGCGCUGUAUCUGUAUGUAGAUAAACCACAAGUUAACGAGUGCCCCGUGUGCAGCAGUGCUAUUACUUCAGGUGCUGGUAGAGCAGGACUAUUCAGGUGUCCACAGAUCAAUAGGAACUCCACAGCACACACGCAAUACUCCCGCCAGUUAUUAACGUUAUUUACAUCUCUUUUUAAUGCGCAUUAAUUGGUAAAUUUGUAAAGAUUGUUAGAAGGAAGCCUUUCAAGGCCCUUGAUUGUGAUGCUGCAUUAAAGUGAGGUUUAAGCAAUGACAGUAACUGGUAUGACUAUUUACAUGUUUAUUAUACGACUAUAUAAAGUUUAUAUUUUCUAUCAGAUCAUAUUUGAAAAUUGUAAAGACGAAGCAUAAAUGUAGGCUGAUGACAGUUAUCUGGACUCAAGAUGACUGACAGGUGUAGUUCAGUGUUAGUGUUUGAUGGUGCGCUCACUGCCUCCCAUACAGCAGGAUAUAUUUUAACCAUUCAGAAAUAGUAGACGGUAGGAGUUUUUAAACAAUUUAUGUCCAAAUUGUGAAUCUAGAACAUGAAUUGUAUGGCUCGUAGUCAUAUUUAUUUCCUUUACUGUGAAUUUAAAUGACAUCUAUGAUGAAAAUCCUUUUUUUUUCUCUUCUGAUAGAGGCGAGUUAAAGUCACACACACCCAGCUCUGGUCCUAAAGUGUUGAGGAUCUGAUGUCUAUGGAAGCAAAGCAAGGCCGUAAAGAUUGUAGAAAUUUAAGUUUUAUUAAUAUUUUAAUUUUUCUUCUUCUUGUUGUUAUUAUUAUUGUUAUAAAAUGUGUUAAAAUAACUCAAGCCAAAUGUCAAAACUCAUCUUGCAGUGAUAAAAUCAAAUUUGUCAUUUGAACAAACAAACAAACAGAUCUGAAGAGAAUUCUUUGGCCUGCAUCCUUUAAGGUUACAUUGUUACUUAUGUCAGUCAAGUGUAAACACUCUACCAUGACAGCUCGCAAUCAAUUUGGGGCCUUUGAAUUGUUGCGUUGAAGACUUGGAUGGAAAUAAAACGGCAAUAAGAUGGAGUCUGUCUGCUAUCAGUUUGCGAUUGAAGGGGGUCAAGCCGGCAAUCACAUGAAAUCUGUUGAUGUCCAAAUUCACAUAAAACAAAAAUUAACCACUUGUAUUCCCAGUUCAGCCAGAAGCCCAUAAAUUCCUCCACCACUAGUGACGUAGUUGCUGCAGGUUGGCGAUUUAACUGUAAAUCAAAUAGGUGCUGGGCAACCUUACAGGAAGAUAAACAGAAUACAACCAAUUGGCAAACUGUUGAGUUGAAUUCCCUACUGCAAAGAGAAACCACACAGAUGAGUUGCGCACACUGGCGUAGACUGACUCAGAGUCAGUGUAACAUGCAAUCUGUCUGCGUUUAUAAAUUAGAUGCAGACUGCAAUUGUUUGGAGACAUGUUGCCUCCCACCAGGCAACCGGUCUCCAAACAAUUGCAGACUCCUUGUGACCCCUCAGCAGCUGGUCACUGCAACUUACAAUCCAUUGCCACAUGCGCAACAAAAUGUUAUUGCAAUUCAGUACAAUCACCAGGCAAUUACCAGUUUUUUUUUUCUAGUCGCAAGAAGGUUAUGGUCUCAUUUUUACUCUAGUGUGACUAAGCCUUUAGUAUAUCUAAUACAAAAUGCAAAGAUUAUCUAAAUUAAUUUAAAAGAUUUUAAAGCAACGACUAAAAAUGUGAUAUUUAAAUUUCAAUAAUAGGGAUUAUGCUGUGAUUAGGAUCGGCUAUCAUUUACUCAGUUGGUCAGUGACACAUUAGCCACUGAGUUGGGUGGUCAUGGCUGAUUUCUUAUGCAGUUUCAGGCAUUAUCACAGUUUCUCUUGAGUGGGGAAGACAUACUUCACUCCAUGUCUCCACGCAGUAUAUCUGGACUCACCAUCAGAAAACACAUUACCGUCCAAAUGCAGCCCGUUUGCACCCGAACUAAAGCCUGUGAACAUCCGCUCGUAUUCAUCCAGCAUCACUGCUGUUCUCCCUGUGAGGACUCGGUGAAAUCCACAUUCAUUUGCACAUUUGUUUUGAGUGUUGCAAACAAUGCUGCACCUUUUACGGCCCGCCAUUGGCACAUCGUCAAAUUCUGUAGUUUCAGAGCAUGUGGGUGAUUAGUGUCCUUUUUUGUUGUUGGCUGUACUCAAAGGUGAAAGCCAGCUUCAUUGUGAAGCGUGAGCUGUUUGCUUCUGGCAAACGGCUGAUGGUUGUGCACUUUGUCGAGCCUUUGUAGUGUUCUGAAUGCAUCUCUGCUCCAACAAGUGGGCGGCCUCUGGAUGAAUGCGCGUCAAAGGGAUGUGCGGGGAGGAAAAACACACUGUAAAUGGACAUUUCCUGCAUUUCUGGUUGUCAUGGUGAUGUCAUGACUCCUCUACAGUACAGUGUACCUGUAGCUGUGUUGUAUUUCUGUUUAUGAACUAUUGAAAUUGUAAAUUCAUUGUUUUUUGCUAUGCACUGCUCAUCAUUUCUUUCUUUCUUUCUUUUUAAAUUGUAUUCCCCUGUCCUCCAAGUCCCAGUUCACUUUCUUAUUCAAGAGUGUCACCAGGAAAUUACCGUUUUACUUAUUCUUAAUGCAUAGCUUUAGUCAGGCUCACGAGGUGACUGUGGCCUUGUAAAAAUAAAUAAAUAUAAAUAAAAAAACUCCUAGCUGCUACAGGUGUAGUAACGGUGUUUCUCGUCCCCGUCAUUUGCAUGUCGGUGCAGUUAAUGUAUAAAAGAUGUGCAGCUGGUAGCAUUUACCCUCCCUGGAUAUUUAGGUUUAAAUACACUUCUGUUAGUCUAGCUAGGUUAACUUAUUGGUUCUCUUUUAUAACUGUUUUAUAUGUUUUCAUGAAAAGUUGCUAAUGUUUUGUGAUCAUUUUACCUUUCUGUUUGCUUUCAGAUGGAGGAUAUGUUUAAAAUGUUUUAAAUAAAAAAAGAAA